AUGAGACAAAUAAGUACAAAUAGAAACAAUUUUUAUUCAAUAUUUAAAUAUUUUGUCAGUCAACAACGUUUUCGUCUCGGCCUCGUCCCACGCGGUAUUUUGCCUUUACCAUUUCCCAUAGACGGCCGAUUCCGUGGAAAAUAUUCUGCUGUUGCGGUUCUCGAUUUGCGAGCUCAGGAAGAACAAUUUGCCAUUUUAACUUCACGUCCAAUUGAUUGUGUGGAUGGAGGGCGUGUUUCGAUAAGCUAUUUUGCCUCUCCUGGUGCUCAAUUAAGUGUUUGUGCUAAUGAACAAUGUGUUUAUCCAAAAAGAAAACGUUUUGGAAGUCAAUCAACUUCGGAAAUGUCAGUUGCCUUAAAUUCUGCUCGACCUUUCAGAAUUAGAAUUGUUGCAGAACGUAAUCGUUCUUUCCCAAUUAAUUUAAUUAAUGGAUUUUAUGAACCUUUUGUUUUAAUUAAAAGAAUUGCAAUACAAAACAAAGGUUUUUGUCGUUUAAAAUCUUCAGAGGAAAUUACUUGUAAUUUACUUAAAUGUUUAUUUAAUGAAGAAGGAAUUUGUCGUUACAAAUCUUUGUUUCUUGCUGCUGGAGAUGUUCCUUUUGUACAUAAAAAAGGAGAAGGCAAAUUAACUAUAUUUAAUUUUUUAAAGGGAGAAUUUAAGAUGUUUUGUGGAUAUUAUUUUUAA